ACAUUAUAUCCCCUCUCGCUCUAUUUCUGUAUUUAUUGUUAAAAAAGUGCCACCACUAACACCUGCCUCGUUGGGUCUGUCUCUCUUGAAACCAUCAUUCAGACUGUUCAUUUUAUAGCAACACUGAUCCAGUCAUUAAUAAAUCAAUGUAUGGAUCACCUCCAAUUGAAAGGAAAUAAACUGGAUCUCCACCACAGCAGUUUUACUGUUGAGCAACUUUUCUGAGAACUAUUUGAAGAGGCAUGACUAAUUACGAUCCAGAAAUGAAAGACCAAACCACAUCCUCCUUUGUCGUCUUGACUGUCUUCUUCAUCCUGGUCACCCUCGUUGCCCUCCUGGUCAUCCUGUACAUGUGGCUAAACCGCCAGACUAAUGGACAGUACACAGUCCACCAACUGGUCCUUGGGGAGGGUGGGGCCAGGGACCGGGUGAGGGGCGGGGUCCAAGUCCUGGAGGUAUGGUUCAGGCGUCGCCUUUGGCCUCUCAGUGAGGAUGAGGAGACUGUAGGAGAGGAGGAACAGAGAGACAAAGAGGAGGAUGUAGAGAGAGUGAGUGAGGGAGGGGAAAGCAAGGGGGAGGGGAAGAAGGAGGAGGGGGAUGAGAGGGAGGGCCGAGUGGACGACUCUUCGGAUGAGUACUCCAGUGCGGAGAGCUGUGGCCUGACGGAGAGUGUGAAGGUCAUGGACGAGAAGAAGGAGAGGAGAGAGUGUGAGGGGAAGCGAGAGGAGAAUAUGGAAGAAAAGGGGGAUAGCAAAGGUGAUGAGGGAGCAGUGGGAGGAGAAGAAAGUGGACAGGGAGGUUUGCUGAUACACCUGCAUCAGUCCUCUGGUAGUGCUAUCUGGUCUGAAGAUUAUGAGGGAGGCAAAGACAACAAUCAUGUGACUGCAUUGUGAGGAAAGGAUCAGAAAGGGGAAAGAGUUCCAUUAAUACAUUUUUGUACAGUAAUAGCGCUUAACAGAACAUUGGCUACUUGUCAUCAUCAUCAUUGUCAUAAUUGUCAUAAUUGUAAACCUUACAAACCAGUGUUAUAACAAUCAAGGCAGAAAACAACAGAGUGUACUAAAUCAAUCCAAUCAUCAAAGUGACUGACAAGAGCAACAAUUGCAGCUUGAAUACAUGAAGCUAUAUUAAUGUAUUUUAGAUAUAAAAUAUAAUUUUUAAACGGUUUCAAAGUUUCAUGGGUUUCAAAGUUUUGGGGUUUGCACUGUUGCUAUGAGAUUAUUUGUAUUGUAAAUAUUUGUGUUCUGUAUAUUUUAUGAAUUUAAUAGCUAUUUAGAUCCUUCUUCCUGGAGAUCUACUGCCCUGUAGGUUUUCAGUCUAAUCCUAAUUUAGCAUAUCUGAUUCAGCUAGUUAAGAUAUUGUUGAGCAGCUAAUUCGUAGAAUCAGGUCUGUUAAAUUAGGGUUGGACUGAAAACCCACAGGAAGGUAGAUCUCCAGGAAGAGGGUUGUGCAGCCCUGGCCUAUGGCUUGACUUUGUGCUAUACUGUUUCAUGUCUUAUGUGCAUGAUGUUUAUUUCCAGAGUGACAAAUAUACUUUUUAUUAUCUGAUACAACUUAAAGGCCCAGUGCAGUCAAAAUUAUGUUUUGUAUCAUGUUGUACAGCAACUCAUGGAACAAACACUGUAAAAGCGUGAAAAGAUUUGAUCAGUGUUAUUCCUGAUAGUUGCUGGUGGAAAAUACAAUCUACACAGGGCCUUUACAUUUUUAUUUUUGAUGAGAGACUGUUACAGAGGAGUGUAAAUGUUUUUUAAGGCUGGAACAUGUUGUUGAAUCGUAUUGUUGUAUGUUGUAAUUCUGUAAUGUAUUGAUUGUUGUUGCCUUUUUGGCCAGGUCUCCAUUGAAAAAGAGGGUCUUAAUGUGCUUUUCCUGGUUAAAUGAAGGUUAAGAUUU